AUGUCAUCUGACGAAGAAAUUGAUAUUUUAGGUAUAGAUGAGGAUGAAGUUGCUUGUUUAGAAAAAGAAAUUAAUUUAAAAAAUGAAACAAUUGUUCAUUUUGUUAACAAAGAAAAUGGAAAUAUAAUAAAUAAUUUAGAUAAUAAUAAAAAUAUAAUUAAUAUUUCAAAUCCAAAUAUAAAUAAUUUAUCAAGUUCUAAACAUAAAAUAAAUAGUAAUAGUAAUAAUAAUAGUAAUAAUAAUAGUAAUAGUAAUAAUAAUAAUAAUAAUAAUAAUAAUAAUAAUAAUAAUAAUAAUAAUAAUAAUAAUAAUAGUGAGAAUAGUAGUGAUAGUUAUAGUGAUAAUAGUAGCAGUAGUAGUGAAAGUGAUAAUGAAAGUUCAAAUAAUAAUAGCGAUAAUGAAAUUUCAAACAAUAAAAUAAAACAAGCAUCCAAUGAAAAACCAGUAAAAAAUAGAACAGUAUGGAGCAAAGAAGAAGAAAAACUUUUCAUUGAAGGAUAUAAGUUAUAUGACAGAGAUAAUAAAAAAAUUCAAGAAUUAGUUAAAACCAAAACAUUAGUUCAAAUAAGAUCACAUGCCCAAAAAUUUUCAUUAAAAUUAAAAAAGCGCAAUAUUAGUGAUAUUAAUAAAAUUGAUGACUCUAAACUGUUAUCUGCAAAUUAUUCUCAAUCCCCUUUGUCAUCAAGUUCUCUUCCAUCACAUAAUACACAAUGGAGUAAAGAAGAGCAUGACUUAUUUAUUAAAGGAGUUGAAAACUUUGGGAAUGGGAAAUGGAAAUUAAUUUCCGAAUUCAUCAAAUCUAGGAAUAAGCUUCAGGUUAAAAAUCAUGCAAGAAUAUAUUAUAAAAAACUAGAACAAAAUGAAAACUUUGAAUUAUUAAAUCAUUAUAAAAAUUGCACAGGAAAAAAAAAUAAAAUUGAUAGUAAUAAUAAUUUAAAAAAUAAACAUAUCAAUAACAAUAACAAUAACCAUAGAAGUAGCAGUAAUAGUAGCAAUAAUAGCAACAAUAACAGUGACAAUAUCAUUAGCAAUGAAAAUAAUAAUAAUAAUAAUAAUAAUAAUAAUAAUAAUAAUAAUAAUAAUAAAAAUAUAAAUAAUAAUAAUAAUAUCAAUAAUAUUAACAAUAUAAAUAAAGAAAGAAAUUUAGACUUAUCAGUUAUUAUUGAAGAGGAAAAGAUUGCAUGCAGUGAAUAUUUUUCCGGAUUACCAUCGAAAACACCAGAGAGAUAUAUUACAAUUAGAAAUAAAAUUAUUAAUCAUUGGAAAUUAAAUAAACCAAACUAUGUUUCAAAAACCAGUGCAAGAAAUCAAAUUAAAGACUGCGGUGAUGUAAAUGGUAUUGGUAGAGUUCACGAAUUUUUAGAAUCUAUAGGUGUUAUAAAUUUUGGUUCAGUUGGUAAAAAGAUAAAUUACCUGAAUAAUGAUAGUAAUAAUACCUAUAAUAAUAAAAAUAUAAAUAAUAAUAUUUUAAAAAAAAUACAAAAUGAAAAUGAAAUAAUAUAUCAAGAUCAACAGGAUAAAGAAUUUAACUAUGAUAUAAAUAAUUAUUUUUUAGUUGAUCCAUUCACUUUAAUAUCAUGCAAAAAAUAUGAAAAUAGAAAUAACCAACCAUUUACAAUUGAUAUAAGUUCAAAUUCAACAAUAAUAAUGGAUAUCCAUUCACAUUUAGCAACUACUGAAGUUAUAGGAAUGCUUGGCGGUAAAUAUAAUGCAGAGAAAAAACAUAUUACAAUUCUUUUGGCCAUACCAUGCAACUCAAUUUCAUCACACAUUCAGUGCGAUAUGGAUCCAAAUUCACAAAUAGAGGCUAAGGAAUUUGUAAACAGUAUUGGACUAGAAAUAGUAGGAUGGUACCACUCACACCCAACAUUUGAUCCAAUUCCAUCAUUGAGAGAUAUAGAAACUCAGACAACAUAUCAAAAAAUGUUUGCUCAAGGUGAUAAUAUUGAACCAUUUGUUGGAAUCAUUGUAAAUCCAUAUCAUAAAAAUGGAUUCAUUUCAAACUUCAAAUGUAUAACCGUAACAAAGCAAUUAGAUCCAAUCAAUCAAUAUAAUAUACCUUUUGAAUUAACAACUACCCAAACAACAUGCUUAAAUAACCAAUUUUUAUAUCAACAAAUUGAAAGCCUAUUUUUUAAAUUUAAAAAUUAUAAAAACCGUAUAGAUUUAAAAAAGAAAAUUGAAAAUAAUUAUCAAUCAUCCCAAUUUACAUUUUUAGAAAAAAUGCUUAUUUCAAUUUCAUCAAAUUUAAUAUUAAACGAAAACAACAAUCACACAAAUCUAACAAAAGAGAUAAUAUUAGAUUUUUUAACUUUUAACAAUAAUAAAAUUAAAAAUAAUGAUAUAGAAAAAGAAGAUAACAAUCAAUCUAAUCAAAUAAAAAAUGAAUUUCUAUCAAAAAUUAAAAAUUUAUUUAGAGAUUUUACAAAUGAUGAUAAUAAUAUUAAAAUUAGAUGUAAUAGUAGAAGUAGAACUAGAAGUCCAACCAAUAAAAAAAGUAGAAGUAGAAGUAGAAGUAAAAGUAGAGGUAGAAGCAGAAGCAAGAGUAGAAGUAGAAGUAGAAGUUUAAGUGAAGAUAGAUAUAAUUAUAGAACAAAUAGAAAAAGAAGCAGAAGCAGAAGCAGAAGCAGAAGCAGGGGUAGUAGCAGUAGUGUCGAAAGAAGAAAUAGAAGUCUAAGUAGAAGUCUAAGUAGAAGCUUAAGUAGAAAAAGAAAUCAAUAUAAAGAUAAUGGUUUUAAAAAAAAUAAAAGUAGGAGUAAAAGUCCAAUCAAUAAUAGUAACAGUAAUAAUAACAAUCUUUUAAAUAAUAAAUCAAUAGAAAAAAAUAUAGUUUAUAAUGAUCCAGAAUUAAGUGAAUCUUAUAUGAGCGAUUUAUAA